UUUGAAGCAUCAGUUAUCGCUGCUGUACUUUUUAUUGCGUGCUUUGUAAUAGUAUAACAGAAGAAUUAUGCUAUACGUGCAGAUAGAAAGAAAGAAUCUUUGAAUUAUGCUCUAGUUACUUUCUAUAUUGCUCUGCAUAUGCAAAUACGCAUGUCUAGCUCUAUUGAUAUAUACCUAUAUCCUUGAGCACAUACACACGCAUAUCGAUUUGAUAGCUCGCGGUCGAUCGCGUAUGUUUUGUGAGUUUGGUUCGAAUAGCAGCGACAAGCAAGAGAUACAAGAAAAAAGAUUCUGUUUGCGUGUGUAUAUGUGCAGUGCGUGAAGAAGCGAACCAGCAGCAAUAGCAGUAGGUGCUAUUCGCUUAGGUGUUAUCUUUUUUCUUCUUUCUUUUCGCAUGUAAGAAGUGAAAAAAGUGUUGUAAUGGCUGCCGUAUCAUGAAAUGAAGGUACCCUGUAGCCAGUAUUAUACAUCAACGAUGGAGGAGAACUCCGGCUCGCCGUCAUCAUCGUCGCCGUCAUCGUCAUCGCCAUCGUCGUCGUCCCCAUCGCCGUCGUCUUCGUCGUCAUCAUCAUCGUCAUCGUCGUCAUCUUCCACGUCGUCCAUCUCUCAAAAUCACAACGGUAGCAGCGGACAGCCCUUUGGUGGUGUCAACGUCUCAGUAGCAAACAAUAAGCAUCAACCUGGCGGUGGGGAGAACGAUAGUAGUGGCGUCGGUGGUAACGGUAACGGCAACGGCAGCGGCAGCGGUCCAAGCGGCAGCGCCAACCAAGGCGACAAUAAGGGUCAAAAGGUCCAGUAUACUAUGCCAGGUGUUUUACACUUUUUACAACAUGAAUGGGCAAGUUUUGAACUGGAGAGAUCACAGUGGGAGCUUGAUAGAGCAGAAUUUCAGGCAAGAAUAGCUUUUUUACAAGGAGAAAGGAUGGGACAGGAGAACUUAAAAACUGAUCUUGUACGACGUAUUAAAAUGUUGGAAUAUGCAUUAAAAGAAGAAAGGGCGAAAUAUCACAAACUAAAAUACGGGAUGGAUUUAGUUAUACAAGAAGAGAGCAAGCCAGCUUAUGAGGAGAGUAGUACUUGUAUGGAAACUGAUGGAGUUGGCGGAGAUGAUGAGCCCCAAUACACAUUAAACAGUAACAAUACUUGGAGAAAAAGUCGUAAACUUUUAAGAGAGUAUUUACAAGAAAUAGGUUAUACUGAUACAAUAAUAGAUGUACGAUCAAAUAGGGUACGGUUUCUUCUCGGAUUAAGUAAUAAUACAGAUUCAGAAGAUAUUAAUACUUCAGCCCUAAAUGGAAAUAAAUCUAUAAACAAAUGUGCUAGUGAAUAUAAAACUAAAAAGAAGUUUAAGAAUUCAGCACUUUGGGAUGAAGGAUAUAAGCAACAACCAUCAUCUAUCGCCGAAGCUAUGAUUAGAGAUACAGAAGGUGCUGUUAUGGUAAAUUUUGAAUUUCUUGAUCAUACAGAUAUUGAUAUGGAAGAAGAAGAAAAUGAAGGCGAUGAAGAAAUUUACGAUUCAAACACGGAUUCAAAACAAAAUAAAACAUCUAUAUUAUUAGGUGAAGAUGUAGAUGCAGAAGCAGAAAAAGUUUUAAAUGAACUAAAUCUUAUAACAGAACAUGAAGAAUCUAUAAUUAACGUAGGCAUAGAAGAAAAUAGAAACUUCUCAAAUGAAUGGAAUCCAGUACAUAGAGGAUUGGAUUCAGAUCCAAGACGUUCUUGUGAUGAAGGUGGAUCAUCUUUAGGACUGGGUGAAUUAGCACAAUUGACUGUAACCAACGAUAUUGAAUCAUCAUUUAAUAUGCCAACAAAUCAUGAUGUUAGAAAAUCUUGGAAUGCUAAAUAUACACUUCGAUCACAUUUUGAUAGUGUUAGAGCCCUUGUCUUCCAUCCAGUUGAGUCUGUUCUAAUAACUGCAAGUGAUGAUCAUACACUGAAAUUGUGGAAUCUUCAAAAAACUGUUUCUGCAAAAAAGUCAGCGUCAUUGGAUGUUGAGCCUUUAUAUACGUUUAGGUCGCAUACAGGUCCGGUUUUAUGUUUAGCAAUGGAUAAUACAGGAAAUCAAUGUUUUAGUGGUGGACUAGAUAGUAAAAUUCAUUGUUGGACGCUUCCAUCGGCUAACAUAGAUCCUUAUGAUUCAUAUGAUUCUAGUCUGCUUAAUCAAACGUUUAUUGGACACACAGAUGCAGUUUGGGGCUUAAGUAUGUGUCAUCCUCGUUCACAAUUAUUAUCUGUCAGUGCAGAUGAGACUGUUAAACUUUGGAGUCCCCUGAGUAAAGUACCACUUCUUAAAACUUAUACAUCUGAAGAAGACAAAAGACCCACAUCAGUUGAUUUUAUACGGGAUGAACUACAUAAGUUGGUUGUUGCAUAUGAAAAGGCAUGUGUAAUUUUUGAUAUUGAGACUGGCUCAAUUGUAUCUAGAAUAGAAGGUGAAGAGACAAAAGGGAUUAAUCGGCUUAUAGCUCAUCCUAUAUUACCGUGGAUUGUAGCAGCUAACGAAGAUCGUCAUAUUCGCUUUUAUGAUCAUCGUACAGCUACCCUUGCACAUUCUAUAAUGGCGCAUUUGGACGCUGUUACCAGUCUUGCUGUAGAUCCUAAUGGUCUUUAUCUUCUUUCUGGAAGUCAUGAUUGUAGUAUACGGUUAUGGAACAUGGAUAAUAAGACUUGUGUUCAGGAAAUAACAGUACACCGUAAAAAGUUUGAUGAAUGUAUUUUAGAUGUAGCAUUUCAUCCUUCGCAGCCAUUUAUUGCAAGUGCAGGUGCCGAUGCUCUCGCCAAAGUAUUCGUGUGAAUACCAUAAUCAGAUUGCCCGGUCUGAGUUAUUUAAUGGUUUUUGUACUCAUAUUUUUUGUAGAUUUACGUGUACACAUUACACUUCCAAAUCCCAUUUAAAUUAAGAUAUUAAUAGAAGUAAUUUUAGAAAUACCUGAUUCAAUGUUUCAACACAAAAAAUAAGUUUGCGUAGAUCGAGGACGAAUACACUGCCAUCAGAGGCUGAAGCUCCAACUUUAUCACCCCUACUGUUCCAGC